GUCUUCGCGCGUGCGCAGCGGUGCCGUCCCGCUCCUGGAAGCUGGGGUCCUGUGGGGAGGGGGGCCGGAGGUCAGGCCGAAUCUUCCUCCGUAAUAAGAAGCGACGCGUCUGGCGGUCCUGGCUCCGUGGGUCCGGUCGGAUCGAGCCUGGGCGCCGGAGCUGCUGUGGCUCCCGCCGCGGCGGGUGCGAUGGAGGCCGUACCGGAGCCCAGCACUCGCGCCGGGGGAGACCGAGACAUCCCGCAGUGCUAGCAGAUGAGGCGGCGGGGGCAGCCCGGGCUCUCCAUGAGCAAGCUGCGGCGGCGACGGGUGCGGCGGCACCGGCGGUUUUCGGUCCCCGGGGAGGAUGAAGACACUGUUUGAAGAGAUCAAAGCAUCAAUUAAAAAUAACUAUAACCAAGAUCGAUCGUUUUGGAGGCCUGUUCUUCCUUGGGGAGGUGUUUUUACUAUCAAAGCUGGCCGCAAAGCAGUAUCCUGUACACCACUCUAUGUAGAAAUAAGACUAAAAAAUACCUGCACCAUAGAUGGAUUCUUGAUGUUAUUGUAUGUCAUUCUUAACGAGAAUGAAAAUUUCCCCAGGGAACUCUCUCUUCAUUUUGGUAGAGAGUUUGUAGACUGUUUUCUUUAUUUAAUGGACACCUACAGUUUUACAACUGUGAAGCUACUUUGGAUUUGGGACAAGAUGGAAAAACAGCAAUACAAAUCUGAAGUUCAUAAAGCUUCAUUAGUAAUUGAUCUGUUUGGGAAUGAGCAUGAUAAUUUUACAAAAAAUCUGGAAAAUCUCAUGUCUACCAUUCAAGAAAGUUACUGUUCCAACUGGCGAUGCCCAACUCGAGCACAGGAAGAUCAGCAGCGCUCAAUUAAUAUAAAUCCUCCCCAAGAAAUUCCACAUGGAAAUUUGAUACGACUGGCUGUGGAUGAGUUAUUCUGUUCCAAGAUUGAAUUAUGUGAAGAGCAUGGAUACUUGUUGGAAGGUGCCACGUUAUUUAGCAAAGAGGAACAUCAUUAUUCUGCAGCUUUCCAGAUUGACGGACAUUGGAUGCACUAUGAUGGCCUCAGAAAUGUGAAUUUAAUUUUGUUAAAUAAACCCCCAGAGUUUCUCCUCUUGUCAUCAUUGGUUUAUAUUCGAGCAACAGAGAAAUAAAUAGAGACUGGUGCUAAAUUAAAUUGUUUUCCCGCCUGCCCAUGCUCCUCCGAGUUGAAGGGCUUUUAUUUUGUGUAUACUUGGUAUCCAAGGAAAGAGUUCAACUAUACUAGUUUCAGAGGUGUAUUUCCCAGUGUUUAGCUCCAGGUAAAUGUUUUAUAUCAAAGAUCUAUGCAAAAAAAAUUUGUAUUUCUUUUUUUAUAUUUCCUGGGUUAUUUUUAUACAAGCAUAUUUUAUGUUAAAUAAAAUAUAUCUGUAGUCUUUAUAUUUUUUAAAUAUGUACUGCAGAAGUUUUUACGGUUGUAUCCUUAAAUCUAAGAAAAUACUUUGUCACUUGAAUUCUAAAUUUUUCUUUUUGAUAUCUAAGUAAAACCUGGGUAAAAGUCAGUAUUUUAAUUUAUAUAAAUUUAAAAGUUUGAAAUAUAUCUUGACUAUAUUUCUUUGCCUUACCUCAACUGUAAUCCAAAGUGCACUAUUGGGAUUUAGUAUGGAUUUGAAUGUACAAUUUAUGGACUUAGUUAAUUUUACCUAUUACUUUGCCUAAUUUCCUUGCUCCAACUUUUUAAAAAUAGUCAUGUGAGAAUUUUUUUGUCUGGGCUUAAAUGAUUUCUUUAUAAUGGUAAAUUACUGUAAGUACUUGCUAAACUAUUGUAAACCUGCCAGUGGAUUUCCAAGUGUUAAGUAAGCUUCCAAACUUAAAGUUAUUGUUCAAAAUAAAUUACAUAACUACCCUAAAUAUUAACCUCAUAAUUAAAUGUAAUAGAAAUUCUCCAAUUAAGUCAUUUUACAGGGGCCAGGGAUUUAGCUCAGUGAUUCCGACGCCUGCCUCGGCAGCACGAGGUUCCAAGUUCAAUCCCCGGUACAAAAAAAAAAGUCAUUUUACAGAAAAACCAACUAUUAAAAAUAAUAUUCAACUGGAUGCUUCCUAACGUUGGGCUAACAAAAAUAUAUGAGCAAGUGUCCGACUACUGAACUACAUCCCCAGCCCAUAUCUCUUUACCUAUUUAAGUAUUACAUUGGCACAGAAGAAAAAAUUAAUUUUUAGAGUAAAACUUGCUGGCUCUUGUAGGUAGUAAUUGGUAGCAUGAAGUUUUUAUUUGCAGUUAAAUCACUAGAAUUUUAUAGUGAUCAGAAUAUUUUUUAUAAGGACCCCAAGAUUGCUUUUCGUUUUAAAGGAAAACAUUGAAAAUUCUCAAGGGAAAACACUUUUUGGAACUUAUACCCGUUCGUUUUAGUGUUUACAUUUCAACACAGUCUGCUUUAGGUGUAGGGUUGAGAUUAGGUGCAAUAUAUUUGAAGACGUCUAAAUGACUACUCAGUUCACUGCCUAUACCAAAUUGCUAAGGUUUCAUUCAAUAAAUUAAAUCUUACAUUGCCUUGGUGCCGAGUUGAGAUAACUUUCUAUAGAAUAGAUGAGUGUGGGUGAAACAUUACUGAGAAUUCCUCCCUCUGAGUGAAUACCAUGAGAAGUACUUUUAUACCUAAGAUAAAAUGUGAUUUAUUUUACAAAAAAAAAAAAAAUCCCAGCAUUUAUUUAAAUAGUCCCCCAAAUACAAAAAAUAGCAUUUGGUUUACAGUAAACUUAAUCUGUAAAAUAUUACUGUAUUGCAUGAGUCAAAAUAUAUAAGAACACAAAUACUAGAGCAUAUAUAAGUGAAAUAAUUAGCAAAUUAUUAGUUAUUCCCAAUGCAGGUUUAUUCUUUUAAGAAUUGCACUUUACUUGGAAUAUUAGUUUAUCACAAAACAGUGACUUAACCUACCUCACAGGGCUGUUGUGGGGAUUAUAAUGUUUGUUAUAAAUCUUGACUACCUUGAACAUGCUAAUAAACCUAUUUUUCUACCUCUUGUAUGUA